AUGGACAAAAGAAAAAGGAAGCUUAAAUCUUUGCAAAAAGGUGCUAAAAAACGUGCUAUACCAAUGCAUGGUGGUGAUGCAUCGCAUAGAACAAUAGUAAAGGGUGACUUGCAACAUGCUUUGCUAUGGAGGUCACCAUUCCAGAGUAGUUUCUUCAAAUACCAUUUCCGAAUGAGGGAAUCAGUUAAAGAAACUAAUGUCUGA